AUGUCAAUCAUAAGACCCAUCACUGACUAUAAUAACACAUUGACUGAGAAGGAAGGCCUCAGAUUAUGUGAACUAUUCAAUGCAUGCCUUGUGUUGAGGGAUAAACCGGUAAACAAGACGAUUGUCGAGACCAGACAGGUAGAGGCUGUCAGAGCUGUGGUUAAUAAUUGGGAGCAAAUUACACACAAUAUCAUCAAAAUGUCGAAACAGUUGGAACUGUUCAACGAUAUCUGCAAUGAGGACCAAAUCGCGCUAAUAAAGUACGGGUGCAUUGAAAUGAGUUGUAUCCGACAAGUCAUGGCAUUUGAUUUACGUACCAAACAUAUGACUACUAUCGCCAUGAUAGCCAUAGCACUGUUCAACCCUAACCGCCCAAACCUUAAAUGUAAAGAAGUGGUUAAGUAA